AUCUCACCGGAAAACUUCAAUUGCUUUUGCCUCGCGAUCUCUUCAGCGGUAUUCCGAACUCCUAUUUCGCUUCUCGAAUUGCUCAAGUUUGGGGACGAGCGAGCGAGGGAAGGUCCUUGGUCAAACGAACGCGUUGUUCGUUAACCCCAUGGAGAAGAACGCGGUGUGCACAUCGGAGUCCGUCGAUGGAAGCCGCGAUGUGUGGAGCUCCAAAUCCUCCGAUUCUUCCUCCGCUGAUCAUCUCGUUGUCAUGGUCAAUGGAAUUCUCGGAAGUGCAACAGAUUGGAAGUUUGCGGCAGAGCGAUUUGUUAAAGAGCUUCCCGAUAAAGUGUUUGUUCACUGUAGCCAACGAAAUGUGUCUAUGUUGACACUAGAUGGUGUGGACAUAAUGGGAGAGCGAUUGGCGGAGGAGGUCCUUGAAGUGAUUCGAAGAAAGCCAAAUAUGCGUAAGAUCUCCUUUGUUGCACACUCAGUGGGAGGGUUAGUGGCACGAUAUGCGAUUGGGAAGCUGUAUAGGCCACAUGAAAAAAAAGAUACUGAGGACUCGAGCAACAAAGAUAGUAAGGAGGACUCAAUGGGUACAAUAUGUGGCUUGGAGGCUAUGAAUUUCAUAACUUUUGCUACACCUCAUCUGGGGUCAAGGGGCAAUAAGCAGGUUCCAUUUCUUUUUGGGGUAACUGCAUUUGAGAAACUUGCAAGUUGUGUUAUUCAUUUGAUUUUUAGAAGAACGGGUCGGCAUCUUUUCCUUACUGAUGAUGAUGAAGGAAAACCUCCAUUGCUUAAACGCAUGCUUGAAGAUUCUGAUCAAUGUUAUUUCAUGUCUGCAUUGCGUACCUUCAAACGGCGGGUUGUAUAUUCAAAUGUGGGCUAUGAUCAUAUUGUUGGCUGGAGAACAUCAUCCAUUAGACGUGAUUAUGAACUUCCAAAGUGGGAGGAUACCCUCAACGAAAAAUAUCCACAUGUUGUAUAUGAAGAGCACUGCAAAGCUUGUGAUGCUGAGCAGUGUGACUUAAUGGAAGAUAACAGCUCUGACAAGAUAGAAGAGGAAUUGGUAACAGGCUUAUCUUGUUUGUCAUGGGAAAAAGUAGAUGUGAGCUUCCACAGUAGCAGACUGAGAUUUGCUGCUCAUAGUGUCAUUCAGGUCAAAGACCAAAUCACACAUAUAGAAGGUGCAGAUGUUAUACAGCACAUGAUUGAUCAUUUUCUUAACUAGAAGCUGUUUUUCUUUAGAGUUGUAUACUUCCCUCCUAGCAAUAUAAGCUUAUCAUAGGUAAAUCUGAAAUGGCUAUGCUAUCUAUAGUUAAACCUGAUUGAUAUUCAAAUUUAUCCGAAAUUGAAUUCGUUGCAGGAUGGAAACAUUUGGCUCCCUGAGUAACAAAGUUCUCCACUAGUUGAGGUCAAAAAGCAAUUCAAAAUUUGUUUUUUCGUGAUCCUUAACAAUGUAGAAAGUACGUCUAUGAUAUGUAGAAUUGUAGAUUCUUUG